CUCCAGAGAUGGCUGAAGAUGGGAAUGAUGAGACUAUGUUUAUUUGGUGUGAAGACUGUGGUCAGUACCACGGAUUCAGAAUGUCAGAGCUGGGCCCUGUCGUUAUGGUUAAAGAUUCCUUCGUGUUGAGCAGGGCUCGGUCAUCCCUUCCUUCCAAUUUAGAGAUCAAACAGCUGGAAGAUGCCACCGAAGGUGUAUUUGCAGUCACUCAGCUGGUUAAACGAACCCAGUUUGGCCCUUUUAAUUCCAAGAGAGUUGCCAAAUGGGAGAAGGAGGCUGCUUUCCCACUGAAGUUUUCCAGAAAAACGGCCUCCGGUUGCUUGGACACCUCCAACGAGGAUGACUGCAACUGGAUGAUGAUGGUGAGGCCAGCGGCGGCAUACGAGCACCAGAACCUGACAGCCUUUCAGCACAACAGUGACAUUUACUUCACCACUUCCCGUGACAUCCCUCCGGGCACCGAACUGCGCGUGUGGUAUGCGGCCUUCUACGCCAAGAAGAUGGAGAAGCCAGUGUUGAAACAGGCCGUCACAGUGGGCAGCGAUGCCUGUUUGGCGAGGAUGGAGUGUGACAGGGAAGGAAACAAAAUCACAUCUAAGCCACCAAAUGCAGCCUCCUCCAAUAGGAAGAGCAAGAAGUGCAUUGUGCCAGCUGCUGAAUUUGAAGCAAGCGUUCCCGAAAACACUGUGCCUACUGAAGCAGAGCCCAGCCAGUGGACAUGUAAAGUGUGUUCAGCUACAUUUCAAGAACCUCAGCUACUGACAGAGCACCUGUUGAGCCACCUGGAGCAAGCCAAAGGUGCCCCCACAAGCAACCAGAAUGAAGUGACUCUGGAGAAAGAGCCAGAACUGCCUCCUGAAGAUACACCUGUCAUCCCUGAGGGCAUCAGUCCCAACAGAGAACCAAAGAAAAAGCCUCGUAGGGGCAGAAAGCCCAAAGCUUCAAAACCAGAACCUCCCCUCAUCAUCAUUGAUGAUAAAGAGCCAACAGAUCGAGUAGCAGAAAUUAUCACGGAGAUCCCACCUGAUGAGACCCUGAACCCAACUACAGAGGAGCGGAUUAUGGAGCUGGUUUUAGGAAAACUGCCCAGCACCACCAACAACAUAAGUUCUGUUCCACCAAGGUUCACUCAUCACCAGAGUUCCAUGUCCCUCAAGAGGAGUUUAAUACUUUCGAGCAGACAUGGAAUGCGGCGGAAACUGAUCAAGCAAUUUGGGGAACACAAAAGAAUUUAUCAGUGCAACAUCUGCAGUAAAAACUUUCAGAACAGCAGCAACCUCAGCAGGCACAUCCGCUCUCAUGGUGACAAGCUGUUUAAGUGUGAGGAGUGUUCAAAAUUAUUCAGCCGCAAAGAGAGUUUAAAGCAACACGUUUCGUACAAGCACAGCAGAAAUGAGGUGGACAAUGAAUAUCGCUACAGAUGUGCAACUUGUGAAAAAGCCUUUCGGAUAGAGAGUGCUCUGGAGUUCCAUAACUGCCGAACAGAUGACAAGACGUUCCAAUGUGAGAUGUGUUUCAGGUUCUUUUCUACAAAUAGUAAUCUCUCAAAACACAAAAAGAAGCACGGGGACAAGAAGUUUGCCUGUGAGAUAUGCAAUAAAAUGUUCUAUCGGAAGGAUGUCAUGUUGGAUCACCAGAGGCGGCACUUGGAAGGAGUGCGGAGGGUGAAAAGAGAAGACUUUGAAUCCAGUGGAGAGAGCAUGGUCCGCUACAAGAAAGAGCCCUCUGGAUGUCCUGUCUGUGGAAAGGUGUUUUCGUGUAGGAGCAAUAUGAAUAAGCACCUACUGACCCAUGGAGACAAAAAAUAUACCUGUGAGAUAUGUGGUCGUAAAUUUUUCCGAGUGGAUGUGCUUAGGGAUCAUAUUCAUGUUCAUUUUAAGGACAUUGCACUAAUGGAUGACCAUCAGAGGGAAGAGUUCAUUGGUAAAAUUGGAAUCUCGUCAGAAGAAAAUGAUGAGAACUCUGAUGAAAGCGCAGAUUCAGAACCACACAAGUAUAGCUGCAAAAGGUGCCAGCUGACAUUCGGCAGGGGAAAAGAAUAUCUCAAGCAUAUCAUGGAUGUUCACAAGGAGAAAGGUUACGGCUGUAGCAUCUGCAAUCGACGCUUUGCCCUGAAAGCAACUUACCAUGCACACAUGGUCAUUCACCGGGAGAACCUACCUGAUCCCAAUGUGCAGAAGUACAUUCAUCCUUGUGAAAUAUGUGGAAGGAUAUUUAACAGCAUCGGAAACCUGGAGCGGCAUAAACUCAUACAUACAGGUGUCAAAAGUCAUGCAUGCGAGCAGUGUGGUAAAUCCUUUGCCAGAAAGGACAUGCUUAAAGAGCACAUGAGAGUGCAUGAUAACAUCAGGGAAUACCUGUGUGCAGAAUGUGGGAAAGGCAUGAAGACCAAGCAUGCUCUGCGACACCAUAUGAAGCUCCAUAAAGGUAUCAAGGAGUAUGAGUGCAAAGAAUGCCAUCGGAAAUUUGCACAGAAAGUCAACAUGCUGAAACACUACAAAAGGCACACUGGGAUUAAAGAUUUCAUGUGUGAACUUUGUGGAAAGACCUUCAGUGAGAGAAACACAAUGGAGACCCACAAGCUUAUUCACACAGUGGGAAAACAGUGGACCUGCUCUGUGUGUGACAAGAAAUAUGUCACAGAGUAUAUGCUUCAAAAACACAUUCAGUUAACUCACGACAAGAUAGAAGCGCAGAGUUGUCAAUUGUGUGGGACGAAAGUUUCAACCAGAGCAUCAAUGAGUCGGCAUAUGAGACGCAAACACCCAGAGGUUCUUUCCGUUAGAAUUGGGGACUUAGAGCACCUCCCAGAAACAACAACUAUCGACGCUUCCUCCAUUGGCAUUGUACAGCCUGAACUCGCUCUAGAACAGGGAGAAUUACCUGAAGGGAAACUUAUGAAAGCUGCUAAACGAGCUCAUAAACGAAAGCAAAAACCAGAUGACGAGGAGGAAGCAUCAGUGCCAGAGGAUCCGGCGUUCACUGAAUUCAGCGAAAAAGAAGCCGAAUUCACAGGGAACGUAGGAGACGAGACCAAUUCGGCUGUCCAGAGCAUUCAGCAGGUGGUGGUGACCCUGGGCGAUCCAAAUGUCACGACUCCAUCUAGUUCAGUCGGGUUGACCAACAUUACCGUUACCCCCAUCACCACCGGAGCCGGGACCCAGUUUACAAACCUCCAGCCAGUGGCCGUGGGCCAUCUCACCACCCCUGAACGUCAGUUGCAACUGGACAACUCGAUCCUGACAGUGACAUUUGAUACGGUCAGCGGUUCUGCCAUGCUCCACAACCGCCAGAACGACAUCCAGAUCCAACCCCAGCCAGAAGCCUCGAACCCGCAGUCGGUCGCCCAUUUUAUCAACCUCACGACCCUGGUGAACUCCAUCACUCCCUUAGGAAACCCCAUAAGUGAACAGCACCCCCUCACGUGGAGGGCAGUGCCUCAGACUGACGUCCUGCAGCCCCAGCAGCAGCAACAGCCGCAAGCACAGCAGCAGUCAGGACAGCCACAAGUUCAGACUGAGCAGCAGCAGCAGAUGUACAGCUAUUAGUUAUAAAAAAUCUUUCAGAGGACUAGAUGGUCUAAAUACAGAAAAAAAAGUCUUGGAAAACUUCAAGAUUGUUGCUGAAUACCAAACAGAAAAAAAAACCACAAAAAAACUCUUUUCAUUCAUUAUAUUGAAAGUACAAGUUGGCCAUGCUACUGCAAAACUAUUUCCAAAUCCCUGCAUCAUCUAUUUUUUUUUUUUUAACCAUCCACCUCACUCAGCAGCAAGAAGGCUGUAUCCUGGCAAUUAAAAGUUGUAAGUUUGAGCAGUGGGACCACCUCCUACCUUACAUAACAUAGAAAAACUGCAGAGAGUAAAUAGCACUGGAAACCUUGUGGGAAAAAAAAAUCCCAUUUGAUUUUUGGGGGGAUGGGGAUGGGAAGGUUAAGGAUAAAGAGAGGUAGAUUGGCAUCAGACCCAAGCAGUUUUACAUGGCACAUCUUGACCAAAAAAGGAGGUUAAGUGACAGAAUAAAGGUUCUGGAUAUGGCAUAAAAGUCAAUACUUUCAUCAGUCAAUCAAUGGUAUUUAUUGAGCGCUUUCUGGAUGCACCAAGCACUUCAUGAAACCAUUACUUUGCAGUGAUGAAGAAACCUCUUCUCACCAAUCUGUACUUUUUCCAAAACAAUAGGAAAGUAAGGAUUUUAAAAUAUUUAUUGUUCUUAAUGGUAUUUGAUUCUGAAUUAAAUUGUCUACAACUUUGAAUUAAAUCAGAACGUGAGAAGGAGGUGUGUGAAAUUCCAAGGUUUAAGCAAUGUGGACAAAGGAAGUCACAUUGAACAAGUUAUUACUAAAAUUUUGCCAUAUGGUCUUUUAAAUCUCCUGGAUAUUCCAGGGGGACCAUUUUGUAUUCAAUGCCCUCGACUCACUAUUCUCGAUUGUCCACUUUGAAGGAGAGCUUCUGCCCUGUAAAACCAGCUUUCCCCAUUCCAACAAAUCUGAGGGACAUCUGAGUUGCAAAUAAAAAAAAAACUGUCCCACUACUUAGGCACUGGACCCCCAAAACAAUGAACCAGAUGUUGUUUCUCACCCACUAGGACAUGCUGUUGGCCUGUGGGGGACCUGAGGUGAUAGUGCAGACAUUAUUAAAACUGAUGCUGCCAUUUCCAGAUUCUACUUUGGAACUACCUCAUCAACUUCUUCUGAUGGUAAAUACAACAUCUGCCUCCCGCCCCCGCUAGUAGGAGCUGAGAAAUGGGGUUAUCUUCUGCUGAGAGGAGAUGCUCUUGGAAGGCAAUGUUUUCAGAAGGCUUAGAGAGACACACUAAUGGAUGCUUAUCCUAAGGCAGCGGAACCCUGACAGAUAGGUCUCCUGUCUAGAUGUGAGUGGAGAGCAAAACCCAUUUUUCACCCACAUGAUGUUUCUGGGCUCUGUCUGAAAUAAAAAUUCAGACUUGCCUGAGGAGCGCUUGCCAUGGGCAGUAGAAGGAGUCUUUAUUCUGAUGCUGAUCAAAACCAAGCGGGCUUAGCACACUCUCUUGACAAUAAUGUUAAGAAUAGAUCAUCAGUGAAAAUGGGGUCCCUUGUAACGUUGGUGACUUCAGUGAGACACACGUAGUAUGAUUUGUUGAGCAACUGUAUGCCCCUCAGCAUUAAACCUAGGUUCCAUCCCAAGGUCAGAGCUUUGUAAGUAAUGCAUAUACCUUGUUCUUUGUGUUUUGUUUUUUUCCAAAGGGAAAGAGGAAAAGGGAAAAGAGGUUCUUGAAAACAAGUCUUCAAGGCCAGUGGUUUCUAGGAGGUUUCCAGGUGGUUUCCAGGUUGUUAAUGUUAACUGUGGCAGGUGUGUAGCUUUGGUACUCUUGGAUUGGGCCAAGAUAGUGUGAGGGCACCUGUGAGGUAAAAUCAAAGAUGGUGACAGUCUGAACCAAGGACUAGCAGCUACAAGGGGCAGGCAAUCUGACAACAUCUUCCUGCUCUCAGGUUUCAGACAGAAGGAGGGGAUGAUGGAAUGCUUGCCAUGAUCAUCCUGGCUUUAAUAUGCUCCCAACCAAAAAAAUCUUGGGGAGAUUUGAAAAUUGAUCACCUACUUCCUCCAGGUACAACUGUACCUAAACCACCCCUGACAAGUUAGUGUACCUAUCCUAAACUUAAAGUGCUGCAAAGGACGAGUGUUAUCAAGCCUGGACCUCACUUGAUCCUCAUCCUCUAUGGCAGAGAUUUACCAAAUAGGAAGAACACCAUUAAGUGGUAUUUCCAUGUUGUGAUUUUGGAAUACAUAUGAUCCCGAGGAAGCUAUUCAAGGAUCCUUUUAAGAAUUUUCGGGGUACUUUGCGGUGUGGGAAUUUCUGUGUUUUACCUGUGAUGUGUAUCUACAGAAACACACAUUAUGUGGAGGCCUGGCGUUUUUGCUGUAAGCUGCCCGAGGGCUGCUUCAGGGUGGCUCUCGGUUCAGGGCUGAGGGAACCAAAGCAACAUACACCAAAAAUAUGCAGCCUCUACGUUACCAGCCACAAAAAGCUAAGCAACAUUUGUAUUUAUAUUUGUAGAGAUGAUGAAAGAUGGCUCAACUGACUCAUUAAAUUAGAUUGUUCAAUGGAAUGUUAAUUUUUUUAAAUGCCCUACACUCAUCAUUUGUAGGCUGGGGUUCCAUAGUCAUAAGGAUUUUGAAAAGGCUCCAGGGUUCUUUAGCAAUUUGAAUUCAUUGACUUAAUGAGUUGUUCCCAUUAGCUGAAUCUAAAGUGCAAAUGUCCCAAUUAAAAAGAAAAAUAACCCAUGUUGAGGUGGAAAACAUACAUUUCUUCACUCUCCUUUGUCAAAUAAAGGCCUUUUUCAGUACAGCUUGAUCGCAUAAGGAAGGUUUUUGAUGUCUAGUGGAAAAAUGUUUGAGAGCCUAAUUUAAAUAAUGUGACUAGAUUGUGCCACUCUGUGUGUGUGUGUAUGUGGGUGUGUGUGCGCGCGUGUGCAUGAGUGAGUGUGUAUUUAAAGAAUAUACACUUUUCUGAGAGGUGUCAGAAUAUUUCAGAAAAGUCACCCAGAUUUAUCCAAUGCACUUUGUCUGAAUGAGGUCACUGUUUUGGGCAAGGUGCCUUUAAGUUGGACUUCACAUGAUAUCUUACAAUAUCUGGUCCUUUUUUAUUUUAUAACUGUGACUUUGCAUAUCAGAAACUGGACAGCAAAAAAUUACUCAGCCAAAAUAGUGAUAAGUGUAUAUUGUUGUGUAUAUAUCAUUAUACAUUGAUAAGAGUAUUCUAUUUAGUUAAAAAAAAAAACUUUUCCAUGGUGCAAAAGCAUAGCUGCAGAGGAGAAACUGAGGUAGUGAUGUGUCUACUAGUUCUGAACCCAUUUUUGGUUGUGAAUGAAUAAAUCAUGAGGAUUUCUUUUUUGCCUGUGAAUUCCAUUAAAUUACAUGCUACAUAACUCUAUUGCCAUGAGAGUGUAAAUCUUAUGGGAAACCUAACACAGGGUACAAUUGUUUAACAUUGAUUAUGUGCUACAUGUUAAGUGGAGGAGAAACAUGAAUUAAUGUAUCCCAAAAGGUUGUAGUGUGUGAUGAGUUCUCUCAGGAAAACGUACUGUAUCAAGUGCCAUUACACUGUGUCUAAUAUUAAACUGUUUUAGAGAAUUCCAA